AUGAAACGAAGGUACGCCCUGUCUGUUGUAGCUCAGGCUUUCGGUGGUCCAAUUCCCAACACAAUAUCCGUUGAUUAUUCAGCUUGGGUAAACUACAGCUCAACUCAUAUUGUCAUGUGUUUUUUAUACUACAAUAAUGUCAGCGGCAUGGUUUCACAAUUGGCUCUGUGUGAGGACUAUGAAACAUUUCUUUAUUCAUUUGCUCUCGAACGUGCUUUGUACAAUGCUACAACAAAUAUUAGAGUUUACGAAAGUGCAACGCAAGCACUAACUCUGUUUCCAGGUAGCAAUUCCACUGUCACAAACAACGGUUUUACAACAAACGCAAAUAUUUUGACUCGUUGUCCAACGGCUUUCUGCUAUUGUACAACAAACAAUUGCAAUACCAACUUGGAUACAUGUGGAGCUGGACUCAAUUAUGCAGUGUCAUUUCUUUCGGCUAAUAAUUGUCUACCAAUAAUUAAUAUGACCGCAGUAGCGUCAACGACAGCCGCCUUAGUCAUCAAUGCAAAUUCAACGGCGGCAGCGUCGAACACAGGUGCAAAUGUAACAUCAGCGAGAAACACAACACGUGCGAUAACACUGAACGGAACACAUUCAGCCACAAAUGCUACAACGACAGUACCGGUCAUUACUAUUGCACCACAUGUUUCAAACACAUCAAAUGACACAGCUAAAAGAUGUUUUUCUGGUGAUAGCCAGAUUAAAAUUGCUGACGGUGCUUAUAAAUAUAUUGCACAGCUGCAGUCCAGUGAUCGUCUCGCCGGAACGACAGACAGCGAUUUCGUUUUAAUGUUAGAUAGUGAUCCGAAUAAAAAAAAUGAAGAAAAAGUUAUAAGCAUCGUACAAGAAGUCAAAGUUGGCUAUUAUGCACCUCUAUCAGGAUCUGCUUUAUUCGUUACGCUGACUCAUUUUGCAUAUUCUGGAAUAUUUUUCUGGAUUAUUAUGGCAUCUAGUAGUACAACUGAUUCAGAUGUUGCCGAAAGUUUUACAAAUUUCGAAUCAGACGAUGAAUUAGGCAGUGAUUCUGCUUGCCAUUUUGAUAAUGAAUCCGAUAAUGAAGAUGGCGAAUAG